AUGUUUGUUAGAAACGCCCUAGUUGUCACUGGCCUCCUGGCUGCUCUCACUCAAGCCGCCCCUGCUGAGAGGAAUGCCUCAAGACACAAGCUCACCGUCUACUGGGGUGCUGAGGAUGACACCACCACCCUGGACGACGUUUGCAACGACUCUUCUUACGAUGUUGUCAACUUGGCUUUUCUGAGCCACUUCUUCUCCGCCGGAGGCUACCCCAGGAUGAGUAUCGGCAACCUCGACGGCCCCUCGCGGGCUCAGAAGAAAGCCAACGCCACCGGUCUCCAGGACGGCAGCUCCCUCGUCAGGUCCAUCAAGAACUGCCAAAGCAAGGGCAAGCCAGUGAUUCUCAGCAUGGGCGGAGCCAUGGACUACUCCGACGUCCAACUGCCCUCGGACACUAAGGGGCAACAGAUUGCCAACACUGUCUGGGACUUAUUCCUCGGCGGUACUGACCACAAGGAGCUCCGUCCGUUUGGCGACGUGAAGCUCGAUGGCGUCGACUUGGAUAACGAAACCAACGACGGGACAGGCUACCUCGCCAUGACCAAACAGUUCAAAGCCAACUUCCAAAAGGACACAUCUAAAAAAUACUACAUCACCGCCGCCCCCCAGUGCCCGUACCCCGACCAAUCCGAGCCCCUUGACGUCUGCCGGCUCCUCGACUGGGUGCAGGUCCAGUUCUACAACAACGGCAACUGCAACAUUGCCCAGAGCGGGUUCGCCACCGCCGUUAAGAACUGGUCUAGGGGCAUCGGGAGCGGCGUACAGUUGUACAUUGGCGCGCUGGCGAGCGGCGCCGACGGCGACGAGGGCUACGUCGAUGCCGCGGCGCUCAAUCGGGCCAUCGACCAGGUCAAGGCUAUGGACUUGCCUAACUUUGGGGGGGCCAUGUUGUGGGAGGCCCAGUUGGCGGUUAGGAAUGGCAAUUACCAGAAGAAGAUUAAGGCUAACUUGUAG